GACUCAACUCGCUGUUGUGCUCAGCCUCGCAGCCGUACCCCAGCCCCAAAGCGCGAAGCGGGGUCUCCGCAGUGCUCCCUCCCGGGGCCCCACCUCACGGUGUGCCUCCGCAGGUGCCGUGCUGGCCGUGCGUGCUUGGGGCCUGCGGGGGCCCUCGAACGGCCGGCCGUCCUGCCCGUGCACCCUGCCGCGCUGCGGGCCGGCCCGGGAGGGGCCUCGCAUCUGUAUGCGCCCGGCGGCCCCGGAGCCGCGGGGGCGGGGACUGGCCGGGGAGGGUCGGAGGCAGGGCUCUCCUCUCCCGCGCGAGCCGCCUCUCCUCCGCAGGCGGAGCCUCCUUCCCCCGCCCCCUCCGUCUCGCUCCCUUGUUCUCGCCGGGGCCGCUCAGACCUGCAGCGGAGCCGCGGCGCCGGCUUGGAGCCGCUCGGGGCUGCGCCCCCGGGAGCCGGCGACGGAGGCGGGCGGGGCGCUGAUCGCAGUCCCGAGCCCCUUGGCAGUGCCAGGUGUGGAUCCAUGGGGUAGCCUCAACGCAUCUUCCCCAACCAGCUCAUGGGCCCCCUAGCCCUGCCCGGCCUCAGCACCUGGGGCCAGUGAACAAGAGCCCUGGCUGGAUUACAAGCAUGUGGGGCCUUGUGAGGCUCCUGUUGGCCUGGCUGGGUGGCUGGGGCUGCAUGGGGCGCCUGGCAGCUCCGGUUCCAGCCUGGGCCGGGUCCCGGGGACACUCAGGUCCUACCCUGCUGCGGACCCGAAGGAGCUGGGUCUGGAACCAGUUCUUUGUCAUUGAGGAAUAUUCUGGUCCAGAGCCUGUCCUUAUUGGCAAGCUGCACUCAGAUGUGGACCGGGGUGAGGGCCGCACCAAGUACCUGCUGACCGGGGAGGGGGCAGGCACUGUGUUUGUGAUUGAUGAGGCCACGGGCAAUAUCCACGUGACCAAGAGUCUGGACCGGGAGGAGAAAGCGCAGUACGUGCUGCUGGCCCAAGCUGUGGACCGAGCCUCUAACCGGCCGCUGGAGCCUCCUUCAGAGUUCAUCAUCAAAGUGCAGGACAUCAAUGACAAUCCGCCUGUGUUUCCCCUUGGGCCCUACCAUGCCACGGUGCCCGAGAUGUCUAACGUGGGGACAUCUGUAAUCCAAGUGACAGCUCACGACGCUGAUGACCCCAGCUAUGGGAACAGCGCCAAACUGGUAUACACUGUGCUGGAUGGACUGCCUUUCUUCUCUGUGGACCCUCAGACGGGAGUGGUUCGUACGGCCAUCCCCAACAUGGACCGGGAGACCCAAGAGGAGUUCUUGGUGGUGAUCCAAGCCAAGGAUAUGGGUGGCCACAUGGGGGGGCUGUCAGGCAGUACCACAGUCACAGUCACCCUCAGUGACGUCAACGACAACCCCCCCAAGUUCCCUCAGAGUCUGUACCAGUUCUCUGUGGUGGAGACAGCUGUCCCGGGAACCCUGGUGGGCCGGUUCAAGGCCCAGGACCCAGACCUGGGGGACAACGCCCUAAUGGCGUACAGCAUCCUGGAUGGGGAAGGAUCAGAGGCCUUCAGCAUCAGCACAGACUCCCAGGGUCAGGACGGGCUCCUUACUGUCCGGAAGGCCCUGGACUUCGAGACCCGCCGCUCUUACACCUUCCGGGUAGAAGCUACCAACACACUCAUCGACCCCGCCUACCUGCGGCGAGGUCCCUUCAAGGACGUGGCCUCCGUGCGAGUGGCUGUGCAGGAUGCCCCAGAGCCACCUGCCUUCACCCAGGCCACCUACCACCUGAGAGUCCCUGAAAACAAGGCUCCUGGGACCCUGGUGGGCCAGAUCUCAGCCAGUGACCUGGACUCCCCGGCCAGCCCAAUCAGAUAUUCCAUCCUCCCCUAUUCGGAUCCAGAGCGUUGCUUCUCCAUCGAGCCCGAAGAUGGCACCAUCCGAACAGCAGUGCUCCUGGACCGUGAAGCUCGGGUCUGGCACAACCUCACCGUGCUAGCCACAGAGCUGGAUAGCUCUGCGCAGUCCUCCCGUGUGCAAGUGGCCAUCCAGACCCUGGAUGAAAAUGACAAUGCUCCCCAGCUGGCUGAGCCCUAUGACAUUUUUGUGUGUGAUUCUGCAGCCCCUGGCCAGUUGAUUCAGGUCAUCCGGGCUCUAGACAGAGAUGAAGUUGGUAACAGUAGCCAAGUCUCCCUUCAAGGUCCUGUGGGCCCUGAUGCCAACUUUACAGUCCGGGAUAACCGAGAUGGCUCUGCCAGCCUGCUGCUACCCUCCCGUCCUGCUCCACCACGCCAGGCUCCCUACUUGGUUCCUAUAGAACUUUGGGACUGGGGACAGCCAGUUCUGAGCAGUACUGCCACGGUGACUGUCAGCGUGUGCCGCUGCCGGCCCGAUGGCUCCAUGGCAUCCUGCUGGCCUGAGGCUCAGCUCUCACCCACCGGUCUCAGCACUGGGGCCCUGCUUGCCGUUGUCACCUGUAUGGGCACCCUGCUUGCCCUGGUGGUGCUCUUCGUGGCCCUGAGGGCCAGCCUGGACUCUAGAACGAGUGUCUAA